CGGCUGGCUGACCGCCCGGCUGACUGACCGCCCGGCUGACUGGCUAGCAGCCUCUGGCCGGACGCUGGGAGCUGAGGCGGGCGGCGCGCGGAGCCGAGCCAUGGCCUCGGGUGAGUACCCAGGUGGAUAUAAUCCCUAUGUAGAAAUAAUUGAACAGCCAAGACAGAGAGGAAUGCGGUUUAGAUACAAAUGUGAAGGGCGUUCAGCAGGCAGCAUUCCUGGGGAGCACAGCGCAGACAACAAUCGAACAUAUCCGUCCAUCCAGGUUAUGAACUAUUAUGGAAAAGGAAAAGUGAGAAUUACAUUAGUAACAAAAAAUGACCCAUAUAAACCUCAUCCUCAUGAUUUAGUUGGAAAAGACUGCAGAGAUGGCUACUAUGAAGCAGAAUUUGGACCAGAGCGCAGACCUCUGUUUUUUCAAAAUUUGGGUAUUCGGUGUGUAAAGAAAAAAGAAGUGAAAGAAGCUGUUAUUUUAAGAAUAAGUGCAGGAAUCAAUCCUUUCAAUGUCCCUGAACAGCAGCUGCUGGACAUUGAAGACUGCGACCUAAAUGUGGUGAGGCUGUGUUUUCAAGUUUUCCUUCCUGAUGAACAUGGCAACUUGACAACUGCUCUUCCUCCCGUCGUUUCUAACCCAAUUUAUGAUAACCGUGCCCCAAAUACUGCAGAAUUAAGGAUUUGCCGUGUAAACAAGAACUGUGGAAGUGUCAGGGGAGGAGAUGAAAUAUUUCUACUUUGUGACAAAGUUCAGAAAGAUGAUAUAGAGGUUCGUUUUGUGUUGAAUGACUGGGAAGCUAAAGGUAUUUUUUCACAAGCUGAUGUACACCGCCAAGUAGCCAUUGUUUUCAAGACCCCUCCAUAUUGUAAAGCCAUAUUGGAGCCUGUGACAGUGAAGAUGCAGCUGCGGAGGCCUUCUGACCAGGAAGUCAGUGAGUCUAUGGAUUUCAGGUACCUGCCAGAUGAGAAAGAUGCAUAUGGCAAUAAAUCAAAGAGACAAAAAACAACUCUACUUUUUCAGAAACUGCUACAAGAUUGUGCUAACUUUCCAGAGAAACCAAGAACUGCCCCCCUGGGGUCAAUUGCAGAAGGACGAUUCAUUAAAAAAGAAUCAAAUUUGUUUUCUCAUGGUACAUCUAUGCCAGAAAUGCCCAGGUCUUCAGGAGUUUCAAGUCCAGCUGAACCCUACUAUUCUUCAUCUGUGCCCAUAUCAAGUGGAUUGCCACAUCACCCACCAGCCAUAGCCUCAGUGGUCUCUCCGCCUACAAGCUGGUCAUCAGUGAGCCACCCCACCUCACGCUCAGCCAGUACAAAUACAUUGAGUAGUUUCUCAGCAGGAACACUUCCCUCUAAUUCACAGAGUAUCCUUCCAUUCCUAGAAGGGUCUAGUCUGAGCGAUUUAAGUGCUUCUAAUGCUUGCCUUUAUACUGAUGACCUAGCUAGAAUGGAAGCGUUAUCCAUGUCACCAGCUGACUUAUAUAGUAUUUCUGAUGUCAACAUGUUAUCUAGUCGCCCUGUGAAUGUGAUGACAACAAACAAUGAUAACAUGGGGGACACUGAUAAUCCAAGACUUAUGAGCAUCAAUCUUGAAAACCCCUCAUGUAAUUCAAGGUUAGACCAAAGAAACCUGAGACAACUACAUCAGAUGUCUUCUGCCAGUAUGUCAGCAGGCACCAGUUCUGAUUCUGUUUUUGUUUCACAAUCAGAUGCAUUUGAUAGAUCAAACUUCAAUUGUGUAGAAAAUGGCCUUAUAAGUGAGCCUGGACCAUCAAAUGAUGCAAAUAGUCAUAAUUUUGUUCAGAAUAGUCAAUAUUCAAGUAUUGACACUCUGCAAAGUGAGCAAUUGAAUGAUUCCUUUGCAUAUGGUUUUCUUUAAAUGUAACUUGUAGGACUUAAAUCUAAAAGACUAUUAAAAACUUUAGGUGUAUAGAAUUUAAAGAGGACAUUCAAAAAUAGAAACUUAAAAGAGCUGUACUGUUUCUUACUUUGAAAGAUGCCUAAAGUACACAUGCUUGAUGUGAAUUGUUCUUUCAUAUUUCCUCAAGACAAGCUAUGUGUCUUUUGUAAUGUAUUAAUGUACUAGUUAAAUGAAUUGAUAUUUGCUUUCAAGCAGAUUUAAGGUAAAACAUGUAAUGGCUAUGCCAUUGGGAAAUAAACUCAUUAUUAUUAUUGUUGAGGCCCAUAGGCCAAAGUGACCCCUGUGGGGUUUUCUGGGGUUUCUUGCUAUUUU